CACAGCCCUUUUGUCCAUCAACUGGCGUAUGCGUGCAUGCUAUAUAUCUUCCCUGGGCAAGUCUGAGUCACUUUUGAGUUGUGUGGCGCGCAUGCAGCAAAAGCAAAGAAGGGCUUUCGUUUAUUGAUUGGACUUGUGAAGUUACUCACGGCCAUAGGGUUCUGAUCAUGCAUUAGUGUGCGUGUGUACUGUCUUUCAACUUCGACCUCUGGCUAUUAUUUUGGUAGGAUUCAAAAGCAGAAACUUAUUUUGAUUCAAAUGAGUUGACUGUGUUGUUAUUUGAGAGGUAUACUAUACCGGUAUUGUGCCGCCAACGUCAUGUGAACGUUAUUUAAGGGUCUCACCUGGAUAUGGACGUACAAGUAGGUUUGGCGUCGCCGACGCGGCAGUGUGAUAUGUUUGUUGAACGGGCGUCUCUCUGAAGUCUGUUCUGCUGCGCUGUCAAUUUUUCUUUUUUUGAAGCACAGUUUCAGAAUUUCUUGUUUAACAGAAGCUGACUGAACGGAAUGUUCCAAAGAACUUAAUCACAUUGUAGUUUCGUCUGUACCAGCUAAAAGCCGCAGUAAAACCGAUCAGAGUCGAGCCAGGAGGUGACAGACUGGUGGCCGCACUGGUGGACAGACACCAUGGGGGUCUUGGGCCAGUUAGGUUUGCUCAUGCGCAAGAACCUCAAGCUCAGAUUACGAGCACCGGUUUCGACGUUAACUCUGCUGCUAUGGCCAAUCCUUCUCUUACUGGCCAUUGCAUUAGUUCGGACGCGGUUCCAACCCCAGACAAAACCAAACUGUCAUUAUGACUCUAAAGCCAUGCCGAGCAGUGGUCUGGUACCCUUUCUGCAGUCGUUCACGUGCGACCUUAGCACGUCUUGUAAGACCCAGACAAACAGCAGUCUGACCGGCAACGAGCUUCCACCGUAUCUCAAACAGGCCAGACUUGCUCAGAUAGCAAAUAGUCUGAAUUCCGUCUUCAACAACACUUCAACGGUCGAAUCCUUGAAGAAUCUCCCGGAAGUCAUCAAGCCACUCACUGAGCUCAGCAAGGACUUGGACUCAGAAUCGUUGACAAACUUCACUGAUCGGAAGUAUCAUGUAAGGGACUUCUUUCAUAAUGUCAGUGAUGUCCAGCGAUAUCUCAAGCAGGAGGCAGGACUUGAUGGGUCUGUGGUGGAUGCCUUGCUUGGUGCUCAGAUGAAUGUUUAUCAGCUACUGGAGUUGACUGGCUACAUUGAUUUCAAAGGCAUUGUCUGCAACAGCACCAGACUGAGUAAGGUCUUGGCAUUCCCACCGGAGACUGAUAUGGAUGGAGUAUCCCAGGCGCUGUGCAGUGUCCAAGAUGGCCAGAUAUCGAUUAUCAUUGAUGAGUUACAGACAAAGCUGGACGUACCAUAUCUGAUCAAUGAGUUUUCGGAGUUCCUGAAGGCACUUGGUCAGACUGACUGGUCGGCCAUCUUAGACAAUGCAGGCGUCCUCCUUGAACAGCUGCAAAAUAUCGGGAACUUGGGGGAGUUUGUGGAAGGGCUCCCCAACUUGCUGGAAGUUGUGAAGUUGGUGCCGACAUUCCAAGAGUUGCUCAAACAAUUUGAGCAGGGAACACUGGAGAAACAGUUGGAUAUUGUUGUAAGCCUCAUGGAAAGUUUAGAUAUGCAACUGAUGAAUGCGACAUGGUGGAAGGAUGUGACCAACAUCAUUUCCAGAGGACAGAGUCUCUUCAAGCUCGUGGGCAAAUUUCUGAAUGACUUUCAGGAUAACGUCCCUAUUGCAGACUUCUUCAGGAAUGAAACAAUUAUCCUAACUAAUCUGAAGAAGCAGCUCAACCUGACGAAUGACGACCUGAAAGCAAUCCUGCAACUUCAAUUGAAACAGGACAGAAUUGCUGAGUUGCUGCAACUCCUCACAAGUACGAGUCACCCAGCUGAGCUCCUCUGCUCUCCAGGAGUUCUUGACCAGUUCUUUGCACUGCCUGCCAACACCUCGUCAAACCUCAUGUCUUUGCAGAAGACCCUAUGCACUCCUGGCACUGACGGGAACCUAGCACUGGAUGUCUUGCUCAACAAUACCGACAUCCUACUCUUUGUUGACAAGGUGACCCAAGUCCUGAACAGUCCGCCUACCCCUGUGCAGUGGGAUGUUCUUCUUGAUGACAUCAUGUCCAUGGUAAAAAGCGUCCAAAACCUUCCUGAUUUUCUACAACGCCUUCCGGAGCUCCUGGCCAGCUACCCUCAGAUAUUUGACCAGUCGUCCCUCCUGCAGACAGACUGGACACAGAUUCUGGCUGGAUCUUUACAAGGAAACAUGACGAUAGAAGAAGUCUUGCAGCAGUGGAGUCGUGGACCCAUUUUUUCAGUCAUCCAAGACAUUUUGUCUCAAACUCCUGCAUGGCAAGACAUCAAGUACCAAUUGAUCCUCCAAAAUAUGGCGAUGGAUAUAGAACUUCAGAUUCUAAACAUAUUUACUGGAGGGUCUUGUCCGGAUGGUUGGCAUAGCAACCUUACAUCCUGCUACAAGUACGUCCAUGAGACUGCGCCAGACCUAAUGGCGGCCUGGAGUGGCUGCCAUGAAAUCCAUCGCCAUGGAUACCCAGUUGCUGUCAACCAUGAAGUGGAGCAAAGUUUCCUGGAGAGUAUUGGAGAAGACAGCCUCUCUUGGCUGGGUUUGGUCUCAUACGGUCCUGACUAUGCCUUCUGGAUUGGAGACGGAUCGUUCCUUGUUUACCAGAACUGGUUCCCAUCAGUCACGCCUACCAGCACACCGAACAUGACAUCAUCAGUCGGGUCAUGUGCAAAAGUUAACUUUGGCACAGACGGACUGUGGCACCAUGCCAAUUGCUCAAAGCCAACGGAUAGCUACCUAUGUGAGGCGGUGCAAGAUCACAGGCUCAUCGAACUUCUCCGCCAGGAUCCUGCAGACAAAGUUAUCCACAUGCUGCUUGAACUGGGACCAGACGUAAAUGAAGUGAUCCUCCGAGCGUUCCUGAAUGCGACAUACAUUGAGGCGUUGGUGAGAAUGCCACCAGAGGAACAAGUGAGGGCGCUUUGCAUGAUAGACUUAAGUUCCUUGCCACACUCGAUUGAUGUUGCCGAAGUCAGACAGAAGCUCUGCUCCCUGAAUCUGACAGAAAUUUUGGCUGAACAGAUGCGGCACUGGCAGAUCCCAGAACUGCAGGAAAAGAUCACGGAUUACAUAGCCUUGUUGAACUCUGCCUCUGGCCCCAUCCCAGCUGAGUAUGCCCACUACGCCAACCUCUCUGCACUCGUCCACAAGUAUGACCUCACCAGCAGGGCCUGGUCAGACAUCUUUGCACGACCCUUCGACUUCCAGCUUAUCCUUGAUGGAUACACUGACAUCAUCGGCAACCAGUCCAAAGCUUGGGAGGAGAUGUUCUUCCGAGUCUUGCAGUCCCAGAAUGGUGUAUAUCCACUAGGCCAGGCUAGUGCAAACCAGAGCAUCGCAGAUUUGCUUGACGUGUUCAGCCUCCAGAUCAACCAGGUACUAGACAUGCUGCAUACAGCUGGGACUAACGAAUCUGCUAACUUGCUGUUGCUGAAGGGUCUGAUCACCGCUGGUCAGGGUUGGUUGAAGUCAUUGCAGGGACAAGAGAUUCCCUUAGAAGAUCUGUUCCAGAAUCAGACAGCACUGCUACAGUUUUUCCUGGCUCAGCAGAACCGCACUGCUGAAGAUAUCCAGAUGCUUUUCCAGGCUUGGUACAGAGCACAACCGGUCAGCAAUUCUUCCAUUGUGAUGGACGAUUGGCAGCGCUUACUCGAGGAGCUGCUCAGAGCAACCACCGAUAUCCAAGACCUGCCGAGCCUCCUGCAGAGGCUGCCAGAACUCAUGCGUAUCCUCCAGCAGCCGCUGAAUUUCUCCGGGGAGUGGAGCGGGCUGGCCGGCUUGAUUCAAGGCAACAUGACGGUGACAGAGUUCCUGCAGCACCAGAGUACGGUGGACUUACUGGAAGCUUUGGACAUGGAACUUGGUAUUCCCUCACCGCCAUGGUGGAGGACAAUCAAAGACAUCAUAUUAAGGGGACAGAAAGUGCUCAGUUCUCUGCUGGCACAGGUGUAUAGAUACCAAGAGCCUUUGACUUUGGGAGAGCUGUUCCGUGACCAGUCCAUCUUCAGAGAUCUUUUCCAGACUCAACUGAACCUCACCCAGGCUGACGUAGAAGCUCUCAGGCGGACCAGUAUUGACAUGGACAAGGCAAUUCCACUUCUGCUCAGUGUGUACUCAGGCCAGGAGAAUCUGGCUGAUGUGUUCUGCACUGGUAAUCUGAGUUUGGUGGAUUACCUCAUCCUACCGGAUAGUGCACACAGUGCACCAGUCAGACUAGCCGGUUCCCUGCAAGCAGUACUCUGCCACCUUGUCAACAGCAGCUCCAAUGCCGAUGCAUUCCUCAGGAUGGUUCUGAUGGAACUGGACUUGACGAUGCUCUCUGACAAGAUCAGCGCUGCUGUAGGUCAGCCAGUGGGGACCAUUGAUGACUGGGGACACUUCCUCCAGAAGGUGGCCAACAUCUCUGAGGACAUUCAACAACUCCCAAGGCUCAUCAACAAGCUGCCUUCCCUCUUCAGCGUCUUCCAGCGUCCUUUGAAUUUUUCGGGCGACUGGACCGGUGUAAUCAGUUGGCUGAGUGACAACCAAACUUUUGAAGAAGCCAUGCAAGAGUUCACCUAUGGGAUGUAUCCUCCACUUUUCCAGAACCUUUUGUCUCAGCUGGAAAUCUGGCCACUCAUCCAGCAGCAAUUGAUCAGCCAGAACUUGAUGAUGGAUCUGCAAAUUGCCAUAGUCAAGCUUUUCACUGGUGGCACGUGUAGGCCCGGUUGGCAUGGCGACAACUUUUUCUGCUAUAAGUUUGUGGAUGAAGCCAGCAAUUGGUAUACAGCUUCGUGGCAGGUUUGUCCAUCGGCCGACCCUCAGAGCUCUCUGACGUUUGUCUACAAUGAACAAGAACAGCAAUUCCUGCAAAGCAUCGGCCCAGACCAGGAGUCUUGGAUCUUUCGCUCUUCAUUUCUUUUCUCAACUGAAUAUACAUAUGAGAACUGGGAAUCUGAACCACAAGGUGACUAUUACUGCGGGGCUGCAAACUUCGGGACAGACGGACUUUGGCAUCAAGCUAACUGCAGUGCCCAGCUUAACAGUUCAGUCUGCAAAGUGAUUCAAGAUCAUAUUCUGAUCACGCGCUUGAAAGAGCAGCCAUUUGCCAAUGCCACAAGGACCCUUCUAGAACUAGGACCCAACGUCACAGAGGCGGUCAUCCAAACAUUCCUGAAUGCCUCAAAGUUGCAGAUGCUGUUAGACACAAAUCGGGAUGACCAUUCCACGCUUCUCUGCAGCGAAGGCUUUGUGGAUCUGUCACCCUAUGAUGCUGCAGUCAGAUCCCGCCUUUGCGACCUUGACCCCUUGACCUUACUACAGGAACAAUCAGCAUUCUGGAACAUACCGCAGAUUCAAACAGCGUUUGAGAGAUAUUAUACAUUCAUGACUUCCAUGAACACGACGGUAAUUCCGGCUGAGUUUGCACCGUACGCCAAUCUCUCGGAGUUGCUCAUCAAGAACGCAGAACUUCAAGCCCUGAUUAGCGAUGCCAGCAUUCGUCGCUUCGAUCCCAAGCUGCUCUGGGAGGAUACCGGCAUUACCGUGACUGGGACGGAUGCCGAGUGGAUAGCCAUGGCGAAUCGUAUCCAAGCAUUACUGAACCAGCAACAGUUGAUGCUAUUGCUAGAAAUGGCGACAACAACAAGUGUUCCGUUCAUGCUAAGGGAUGUGCUACAUUACAACAAUGCCGUGCUCCAAUUGGCCAAUACAGCUCUGCAGACAACCAAUCAACUCUUCGCUCUCAUUGAAGCAUUCAGUCAGGGGCAGGUUUUCAGUGGUGCGAUGCCAGAGACUGAACGCUUUUUGCAAGGCAUCAUGGGACUGAUCGACAACGGCCCAGCACUCAUUGCAGCUCUGUCCGCAACGUGGGAUGACCCUUCCAAGUAUUCUGAUUUGAUUGGAUCAUCGGAUGUGAUUGCACUGUUCUGUGAUGGCACCGUCCGACAGUCUUGGCUGAAUGCCAACAACCAGUCCAUCAACACAACUGCCCUGGAUGAGUAUCUGUGUAAGGUGAACUACAGCGCUCUUGUAGUGGAGGUGAAAGACGUCAUCAACUAUGACCAGAUUUUCUCACAGAUCAUUAGCCUUCAGACCGAAGAUUUCAACACGACGAUGCCAGACUCCAUCAGCGUUGAAGAUCUCAUGCGGAGCAUCGAAGCAUUGCAACUCAACCUGCAGAGCCUUCCUUUUACCGUUACUGUCUUCCAACACCGCUACGACGUAGCCUCAUUAGGGACCGUGUCUCAAGCACUGUUCAGGGCCGUGCUCAUGGGAUAUGGCAAUAUCAGCUUGAUAAACCAGAAUAACGAGCUGGACCUGGGUAGCAUUCUCUAUUCUGUCCCAGGCCUCAAAAUGCUCCUCACCACGCUAGAUGCAGACGGCACAGUAGAUCUGAAACAAGUCCACGCCUACAUCACCUUCAUGAAUCGGUUCCUUGACCAAGCAAAAGAGACUUCUUGUCGUGAUGGUUGGCAAGGAUACAGUGGCACCUGUUAUCGAUAUCUGAAUGAGACACUUCCUCACUGGGACCUUGUAACCGGUGCAUGCUACGCCCAGGCUCAGAGCACACCAUUGCAUGUGAACAGUGAGACUGAACAGAUGUUCCUGGAGAGUUUUGGACCAAACGCCGACGUCUGGCUGGACGACUGGUUCAGUUCCCUCAAUGAUGGUGCCUACUCCAACUUUGCACCGUCAAAUGAUUCUUUCAUGAGUUGUAUCAAGGCCAACUUUGGCGGCGAUGGUCUUUGGUACCCCGCAAACUGCUCCGAUCACUACAGCUACAUCUGCGAAGCCAAACCAGAGCUUAACCUAACCCUUGGACUUCUGAAACCAUUGACCAACGACUCGUCCAUCAGUCAUAUCAUCAAUACAUUGGAGCAAACGCUUGGGGUUGAAACGCUCAACACAAUCUUAUCGUCACCCAUUGAUCCCUUCCAGUUGAGUAGUCUUGUUGUAGGGGCUGAUUGGCGGAAGGCGGUGUGUGACGUCAAUGCCUUGAGGGCACUGUUUGCCUUCCCUGAUGCCUUCAAUGUGACGCAGCUUAGCGAGGUCCUAUGCGGGGAUGCAUUCCUGGCAGCAGUGCAAGCUUUGACCAAUGAUACGCAAGUGCUUGAGUACUUAUUGAAUGAGAUCGGCGCUUUGCAAGUCAGUGAAUUCAACUCCACCUCUUUCCUCCAAGAUGCUCAGACCUUUUUGUUUCACAUGGCUUCCCUGGGCAACUACCGCAUCAACUCUUACCUGCCCUUGACAUUUUACCCCUUGAGAGAAGGAUUUAAUCUGUCGGCAUGGCAACAGGCAUUAUCUGUGGAAACACUUCUAAGUUCUCUCGAUUCCAUCGACAUGAUACUGACCAAUGAAAGCUGGUACAGGGAUGCGAUCAAAGAACUUCGAUCUGUGGCUUACUUCGUGGAAUAUUUCACAGACCGAAUUUUGGUACUGAAAGGCAAACAUUUAGUGUUUCCUGAAAUCCGUAAUUUGCUGGCCAACAUCACCGAGACCGAAAAAAUGUUUGAAGUUGUUGCUGGCUUCACCCCAGAGUUAACUGAUGCGGUGUUGAGUCUCGUGGUUCAACAAGACAAGCUUGAAGAGUUCCUAGGUCUCUCUAAUCCCUUGGUGGCUCUGUGCGAUGCUGGCAAUUUCAGUUCUUACUUCACCCUUCCUGCCUACUCUAGCGCUGAUAUCUUGGCUCUAGAGGGCGCUGUGUGCUCAGUGGACUUACAGAAACUCCAGAUGGAGUUCCUGCAAGUGUUCCCAAUUGACACUUUCAUGAGUAAGUAUCUGGCUUAUGUCAACACAAGCUCAUCGGACAACCUAUCGGCAAUCAGUCAUCGAUUCCUCACUUUGUACGAGAAGACUGCUGCAUUCUUGGCAGACCCCUUCACCGUCAACAUCAACGAGACGUGGCUGAAUGAUACGUUCAGUGAGGUGGUACGGGUUCUUCAAGUCUGGAGUGCCAAUCAGGCUCAGAUGAAUCCUGACAACUUCAGAAGCACUAUUGUAAUGCUUGAAAGUCUUGAGGCCCAGUUCAAGAACCAGUCUUGGUGGGAGGACAUCAAGGGGCCUAUCAGAGAGCUGACGUCAAUCCUAGACUAUGCCAACAUGAAGCUUAGACCUCUCCCUGGACAAAACUUCACGUUCUUCGACAUCCUGCCACAGACUACGGCAGAGUUACUGCAGAGAUUGAUGGACGAUUUCCCAGAAAUUGUCACAGCUCUGUCCCAAUCCUACGUCAACAUGGCCAAGCUGGAGACUUUAAAUGGAACCGAUGACUUGGUCAGCCUCCUUUGCGAUAACUCGACUGGUAUGACAGAGCUGAUUCAAUUCCUGCCUGGAGUGAACACCUCAGUUGUCAACUCGGUGCUCUGCUCACUGGAUUACAUUCUCUUGGCCUCAGAGUGGUCCCAAGAGCUGGUCUUUUUCGAGGAGCGACGCAAUCUUCCCCUGAACUGGACAGCUUCGUUUGAAUCUGUCACAUCUCUGGUGGAGACAUUCACCAGACUCGUCCAAUCACCACCUCAGUUGGCGAUGUACGACGCGGCAUGGUUCAGCGAGAAGCUUAGACAGACAGAGGCCAUCCUAGCCUCACUUGUUACGGCCACUACCGACAUCACUGGGGCGGAGCUGGACAACGUGCUGCUGUUCUUGGACAAUGCUCUGUCUGGAAGGGGAGAGUUCUACAACAGCUUUGUUAUGCAGUACAGGCUGGAAGAUUACAUCAACCGAUUCCUCACUGAUCAGAUGUCUGCCUUCAUUGGGCAAAACUGGACAUUCCCUUCAUUGGAAGGGCUUUUCGCCGAUGCUGCUAACGUCAGGAGUUUAUUUGUCUUGUGGGAUCUGGCACCAGACGUCAUUGAUGCCUUCAUGUCCCUCAGUGUUCGUCCAGAGAAGUGGGUGGUUUUCUGGAACACAUCAGAUCCCUUUUCGGUCCUCUGUUCCACCAAUCAAUUUGCCUCGUUCUUUGAGCUCCCGGCUGGCAGCCCUUCCAAUCUGACAGCCGUCCAGGAGGCCGUGUGUGCGGUCAACUUCACCCUUGUUCCGCUGGAACUGUCCACCCACUACCAGCUGAGCCAAAUUCAGGCCGAUCUGGAGCGGAUUGCUGUCAACGAUCCCAGCCUUGGGCCGUUCAACUGGACAGCCUGGAUGACCAAUCGGAACCGUCUGGCGGAGGUCAUUGGGCAUCUGGUCUCAAUGCCGCCGAAGAUCGUCGUGGACUACGUCUGGUGGAAUGCGACGGAGCCCAGGCUACAAGACGUACUCAACAGCUGGCUUGUCUAUUUUCAACAGAUGGCAGCCGACAAUCAGGUCAACAGUACGGUACAGCUUCUCCAAGGAAUAGAGGCCGACUUGAAGGCAGCUGGGGUUUGGAAUGUCGUUAGACCGUACUUAGAGAUCUUCACUCUCUCGCUGGAGAGCACAGCAAAUCAGUUGCGUGAACAAGUUCGGCUUCAGACAGGCUUGUUGAAUGCAACCGCUGUACACUCCCUUGUACAAAGCCUGAGCGUCACUCCGGACCAACUCAAAGCUUCUCUGGCAGACAGCGCAUUCUCAGUGUUUGCGCUUGCGCAAAUCUACAUCCAAGGGGAUUGGGACAAUGUGUUCUGUAGCUAUUCAACAUUCAGCCUCAUCUACCCUCUUCCGCCCGCUGUAAAUUCAACGGCCGUGCAGCAGGCCAUGUGCACACUGAACCAAACCGAAUUCUUCAGUCAUGCUUCCAAGAUAUACAGCAUUGACGUACUGAAACUGCAACAACAGAUGGCGAUUAUAUUUGGCUUUUCCAGUGGACCGAUGACCAACUUUGAUUGGGCGCGUAUUGAGCGGUACAUUCAGGAGCUAAUGACCUUGAUGACUGAGUUGCAACACAUCCCUAUCUCCGUGCACGGAGACGCCCUCCAUAACCUGACACUUCUGCUGGAAGUGUUGAAUAGCCAGGCUGACCAGAAUCUAAUGAUCUUCAUUCAAGUCUUGGAAGACAUACAACCAUAUUUCCAAGAUGACCGGAUUGUUGUCCAGAUCCGUGAUGCUUUCUACGCUUCCCUGAACCUGACCAACGUCCUCAAUAGUGCUAUGCCAUUAGAUGGUUUGCCAUUGUUAGAGGCAGAGCUGAAGAGGUUGGAUCUCUGGCAAAGUGUGAAGCCCUUCCUUGAUUUUGCCAACUACCUCCUUGAUGGAAUUGACAGAAAUCUACACCCAGGAGGUGAAGCCAUUCCAGCAUUUUUGUACAACCGAACUGUACUGGAUAGGUUCUUCAGUGAAAUCCUCAACACGGCAACUCCUGACUUAGCACUGGAGAGCGUAAUAGACGGGGUCUUUCCAGUCUCCUUGUUGGCGUAUCAUCAUCUCUCCGAUCAGUGGGAUUACUUCUGUCAUCCGGAGUACUUUUUUUGGCAACUGCCCGGUUUGAAUUUAACAGCCAUAGCACUUGAGCUGUGUCACUUGGACCGUGCUAACUUCUUUGGAACACUAGAUAACUUCACCGGGGUGGAUGUGCUUGGACUACAUCAAUCUAUAUUUGAAAUGGUGAACGCCCUACAACCUUCAAACAACACUGGGCAAGACUUUGACUGGGACAGACUGGUUAACAGAGUGGAAUCCAUCAUGGCCGCCCUACAAGGCAUCACGGGAUUGCCUGGCCCUGGUAACCACGGCAACAUGACCGAAGCCUCCCUUCUGUUGCAGGAAUUGAUGGAUGGUUUGACACAAUUUAAUCUGAAACUUUCGGUUGAGAUCUUGGAACGUCUUGACACCCUGAUGAAUCGGGGAGGAGUGUGGUCGGAGAUCCAGGGAGGUGUUGCCAUGGCAACACACAUUGCAAAAUUGUUCAAUCAGCAGCUGGAAUACCUGGCAGAAUCCAACUACACCAUUGGAGGGAUAUUUGUGCCAAAUGCACAGAAAGUCCUUGCCCAGUAUCUGGCCCCGGAACAUGUACAAGCACUUCUGACAGCAACCAUCAACCCUGGAUUGCUUGGUACUCUGACCCAACCUGAAUUGUUGAUGUCUAUCCUCUGUGAACCAGCCCUGUUCAACUCCUUCAUCUUCCUGCCGCCAGGCACCAACUCUGGUGCCCUACAGACUGCCCUUUGUGGCCUAGCCCAAAGCGACCAAACCUUCCUCAGCAAUCUGACGGCCGUCUUCAAUGUUGCUCAUAUUCAGAAGGAGAUUGAGAAGAUCAUCAUAAACAGCACGACCCUUGGGAGCCUCACGGAUAUAGACUGGCAACAGUCCAUCCAAGAGUUUGAGCAUCUCGUCAACAACCUUCUCUCCCUGUCCAUGAGACAAGACUUCCUUGGGGAUUUCUUCACUCAGUGGAUGGCUAUGUCUGCACCCAUCGCAAAUCUGCCUCCGAUGUGGAUGAAUAUGACCCCCGACUUCACCAGUGUGUGUCAGUCAUUGACCCCUGACCUCCUGAACACCACAGUUUGGCAGAUGAUGUUAAGCCCAGCCUUAACUUCAACCCACCUCGCCAUGGAGUUCAUGCAAGACAUAGUCUUCACCCUACCAAGUCACCAAGAAGAGUUCCAGAUGCUUGUCAACAACAUGACAACUGUCGUAGAGAUGUUCUCUGUCUUCUCAAUGGUGGAGCGCGAUGUCAUUCAGUCUGGCUCUGCCGUUCUCUUUGACCCUGACCUACUGCCACGGGCUGGUCCCCUCACCAUCAGCCUCCUGAAAGGGGAGAUUUCUGGGGGAGUGGUCUGUGAUGAGUACACCCUUAAACUGGUCAAUGGCAUUCCGAAUAACGUCAAUGCAACCCACCUGAGCAGACUGCUGUGUGGAGUAGACAAACUCAUACAAACACACGCCAUGCAGGAAGUCAUGAGGAUUGUGGGAUUUGACAACAUCUUGCCCAAGAUUGUUGCCAUAUUUGAUACCAAUCCUGCAACCUCAGAGCCCUUCGACUGCCCAGCAUUUGUCAUUGAUAGUCAGAAUUUCAUGGAAAGGAUGUGGACACUGCCGUCAGAGUACUUUAACUUCUUCAACUCAUUCCAACGGCCAGAGUAUUUUGAUCUGUUUGAAUUACUGCCUGUGAUUGUUGCAAAUACCACAACAGCAGACAUGCAGAGUCUGACUGAGCUGUACCAUCUUGUGCAACCUCUGAUUGGUCCUCUACUUAGCAACAGUCUGCAGGGCAACACAACAAAUCUGAAUGCCCUGCUACCAUUCUUUGAGUUGAUAGACACAUAUCUGAUAUCCCAAUUAGAUCAGACAGGCUUUGUGGAGUUGAGUUCUUUGUGGAGUAACACCUCUGUUGUGAGGGAUUACUUGAAGGUGAUAGAAGGAUUCAGCCCAGAUAUCAUUGAUGCCAUCAUCAAUAACAAAGUUAACAUUUCUGCUCUUUCAGAACUCCAGGGUAGCAUCCAAGACCAGCUGUGUAUGGAUGAUGCGUUGUUCUCCAAGUUGUUUGUGUUCAACAAUACAGCCAUCAUGUCUGAAGUGCAGAUGUUAGUCUGUAAAUCUCUCAACAGCACGGAUGUCCUGAGCUUCUUGGAAGGGUCCCUCAACAUCACCGAGCUCGUCAGGGCAAUAACCAUGACCUCACCGAUGGUGGUGACCCUCCCAGAGUACUUGAACCAACUGUUAUUAGCCCUGGAGGAUCUAUCGGCUCUAGACCCAGCCCUUGUCGAGCGCUUUGUGACUGACCAGUGGCCAUCACUGGUCAAUGGACUGACAAAUACUACAGACAUUGUCAAGCUUGCUAUGAGCGCAGAAGACUUGAUUCAGAUUGCAAAUAGCUUGCAAUCUGUGCUUGAUGUUUUGCGGCCGGCGUUAGAGAACGACCCAACCUUCCAGUCAUUAGUGAAACUCUUCGACUCUCUCAAUGGCUUCAACGGGUUGUUAGACCUCAUCGGCAAGUUGCCUGAUCUCUCCCUCAGCAAACUCUUCAAGGACCUAGCAGACUUCCAGGAGUUUCUGGUCAUGGACUUAGGCUUCUCGGACGAGGCAGCGUUGGAUUUGCUGUCAGCCUCAUUGAGCUUGGAAGUAGCAGCGUCAUUCAAUUUUACAACUAUAAGGACCGUCACCUGCAGCGAGGUCGAACUGACCAAGCUCAUUGAGUUCCCGAAGGGUACCAACGUCACUGGUGUCCUGCAGUCUCUGUGCCGGCUUGAUUCACAGCAGCUGACAGUGGUCUUGGAUGGCAUGAUCAGCAGGCUGAACAUUGGUGCUGUUGUGGAAGAGCUGUUGACAUACACCAUCCGUGAGAGGUUCAGCAACGCCACAUCCACUUUCGACGAGCUGUCCAACACAGCAACUGACCUGACCAACAUCGGCAACUCCUUCCAGUCCCUUCAGGUGGAGUUCCAAGCCCUCAACUUAAGCUCCCUGGCCAUCGGAGACAUUACUGAUUCCCUCCUGGGCAACUCGGCGGCUCAGGUCUCCUCCACCACUCUGCUGUUGGAGACGGUUUGUGGUAAUGAAGCCUUGUUGGAAUUACUCUCAUCAGACAUUAUGAACUUGUUCAGUAGGAGGAAGCGGGACGCUGGGCGGAGUCGAAAGAGACGGGAGGAGGAACUUGAUGUAGUACCUGGCAGCACACCGUUUUGUAGUUCCCUCUACAAUGCUAUCCAAGAGGGUUAUGAUGGUCGCCUUGCAUGGCGUUACAUCAAGCCGAUUCUACUGGGCAAGAUUCCGUAUGCACCCAUCAAUGCUGCUACAGCAAAAAUCAUCAAGGAGUCGAACUUCUUCUUUGAGGAGAUUGCCACAAUCCGGGAUGUGGCUACGGCUUGGCUGGCCGGCUCUAAUGAUCUCAUUAAUCUGAUAGACAGCAAACAGUUGAGCCUUAUCCAGGACUUCCUGUCCAACUCCUACACCCGAGAGAUCCUGCAGAGCCAGCUAGGAUUGGAUGGUGACCUCCUGGCCUCUCUACUGACCAGCGAUCUUUCUAGCAUCUCCACCGAUGACCUUGACCAACUGAACCAAAUGGCCCAGCUGGUGGUCAAUCUGACCGCCUGUGUGGAACUGGACCGAUUUGUCCCAUCCAAGACACAAGGCAUCAUGGAAACCAAAGCUGAAAGAUUUAGCAGAGACAAUUUACUCCUCGCUGCCGUGUAUUUUAGCAAUGUGCGUGAUGACACCCUACCUCCACACGUACACUACAAGAUACGUAUGGAUGUGGAAAACACAGCAGACACCAACCGACUCAGAGACAAAGAUUGGACUGCUGGUGCCAAUAACGAACUGAUCAAUCAGGUGUACACACGUGGGUUUGUCGUCGUGCAAGACAUCAUUGAGAAGGGAAUUAUCCAAUCGCAGACUGGCAACAAUACGGAGAAGCCUUCCGUUUACCUACAGCUCAUGCCCUAUCCGUGCCAUGUUGUUGACAAGUUUGUAGAGCGAGUUAGUUACUUGCUGCCUGUGGUACUGUUCUUUGUCUUCAUUGGAGCUGUUGGUACAAUGACACAUCAACUGGUUUAUGAGAAGGAACUCGGAAUCGAAGAGCUAAUGAAGGCGAUGGGCCUGCGAGGUGGUGUCAACCUCUUCUCCUGGUUCCUGAACAACCUCGUUCUCAUGACGAUAGUGUGCGCCAUCAUGGUGCUGAUUCUCAAGGUCGGCAACAUCCUGCCCUCGUCUGAUUGGUUUCUGGUCUUUUUCUUCCUGAUGUGUUUCUCCUUUUCGGUCAUCAUGAUGAGCUUUUUGAUCAGCACCUUCUUCCAGAAAGCUCACAUAGCGGCCUUUGCCUCUGUCUUGAUCUUUACAAUAACCUACGUGCCGUACAUACCCUACGCCAUCUUGCAACAGAAUAUUGGAACUUUCGGCCAAACUUUUGCGUUCUCGUUGAUCUCCACCUGUGCCUUCACCAUCAGCUGUAAUGAGUUGGCCAUAAAGGAGGCUCAAACCGUUGGUGUCCAGUGGGAUGCCUUUGCCCAGGGCUUCCAUCAGGUUGACGUCUUUGGUUUCAACUGGAAGUGUGUCGCCAUGCUGUGGGAUGGCUUGAUCUAUUACCUCCUCGCCUUGUACAUCAGCUCUGUCUUCCCAGGACGUCAUGGAGUACCCAAACCAUGGUAUUUCAUCUUCACACCUCGCUAUUGGCUGAGCUGUUUCAGUCCCAGGUCAGACUUUAGCAGAGGCCAGACCUACGCUGGUGGCAGCAACAAAAAUCCAGAUGUGGAAAUGGAACCAACGAAUGUUCCUUGUGGUAUCUCGAUCAUCGGUCUCACCAAGAAGUACAGUCAGAAGAAGACAGCCGUCGAUGAUCUAACCCUCAACUUCUAUGAAGACCAAAUCACAUCCUUUCUGGGUCGAAAUGGUGCUGGGAAAACCACCACUAUCUCCAUCAUCAUGGGACUGUUCCCAGCCACGUCAGGUGAGGUAUUCAUCUACGGCAAGGAUGUUAGGAAGCGACUUCACAGUGUUCGCAAAGAGCUUGGACUCUGUCCCCAGCACAAUGCACUCUAUGACCAGUUGACCGUACGGGAGCAUAUGGAGAUGUACGGUCGAUUGAAAGGAAUGCCUCUCAAAGAUAUCUUCCAUCAGUCGGAAGAUCUCAUCAAUGAUGUGGGUCUGACUGAUGCUGCCAACGAGAAGGUCUGCAAUCUCUCUGGAGGUAUGAAGAGGAAGCUGUCAGUUAUUAUCGCAUUUCUGGGAGGGUCCAACAUCGUCAUCCUGGAUGAACCAACCAGCGGAGUAGAUCCACACGCCCGUCGCUCCAUCUGGGACCUUAUCAGCAAGAACAAGAGAGGUCGAACCAUUCUCCUGUGUACCCACUUCAUGGAUGAGGCCGAUCUCCUUGGGGACCGCAUCGCCAUUCUGGACGAAGGCCAGCUCCGCUGCUGCGGCUCCUCCGCCUUUCUGAAGGCCCGCUUCACCAAGGGCUACACGUUGACCAUUGCCAAGCAGUUAGCCAGCAACCAAUCCACCCCAGAGACCAAGCCAAAGGCAAGGAAUGGUGCCCAAGGAAGAGAAGACCUCAAUCGGAACAGGGCCGUGGAGAAUGUCUACAUCGAAAUGACUGACCUGAAGAAGUCAGAAGCAGGUGAAGAUCUUGCAAGUACCAGCUCUUCCAGUGGUGUGUCGUCAUGUGGAGAAUCAUUCAACCUUCCCAAGAUGACCUCCCUGAUCCAGACCCACGUCCCAACAGCCAUCUUCAAAGAGGAUGUUGGCACCGAAGUGUCCUUUACCCUACCGGUCAGUUCUGGCCAGACUGCAAAGUUCCAGUCGCUCUUUAAUGAGCUGGACACCAAGCUGCCAGAAUUACAUGCCUCAAGUUACGGACUCUCGGAUGCGACACUUGAAGAGGUUUUCCUGAAUGUUUCAAGCCCGGAAGGAGAUCAACCUGAUGGAAGCAAAGAUAAGACCAAGAUAAUUCCUGAUUCUACCGUGAAGAGGACCAGUGUUAGAUAUGACAUGCAGCCAUCCACCCUACGUCAGUUUUUGGCCAUCCUCCUCAAGCGGUUCCACUACACCAAGCGUGAUUGGUGGGGUUUCAUCUGGGCCCUUCUCAUGCCAAUGCUGAUGCUGCUUUUGGCCGUGGUCUUUGGUACCCUGAGCAGCGGUGAGGCCAACCCAUCACUUCACUUUGCCCCCUCGCUGUACGGCCCUGGUGACUAUGUCUUCUUCAGUAACAGCGAUUCCCACACCGCGGCAGGGUCCAAGAUGACAAGUGCUAUGUUCAGUGAACCAGGUCUUGGAACAACUUGUAUGCAGGACUUUGAUGACAGUUCCGGCACCUGUCGAUUUGUGGAACGGUUCUUCUCAAAACCUGUCUCAGACUACACCAGCGCUGAGAUCGAAGACAUCCUGGUGCAGGAUCGCACUGCCCCAGACUGCUCGUGCUCCAAGAGCUUCAUGGAAUGCCCCGCAGGCGCGACGGGGGUCAAACCUCCGGAGUGGAGAAUGAACACGACUGACAUACUGCAGGACCUGAGCCUGAAGGUGGAUCUCCACAAGUACUUGCUCAGGUCGACAGCAGACUUCCGAUUCAGAAGAUACAAUGGACUGACCUUGCACGCCAUCAAAAGUUCAGAUGGAACCACCAAAGAUGUUAUCAAGGCUUGGUUCAACAACAAGGGCUUUCACGCCAUGCCAAUUUCACUGAACACGGCCAACAAUCUCAUCUUAAGGUCCUCUCUGCCGGCCAAUCAAGACCCAGCGACAUACGGUAUCUCGGCGUACAAUCAUCCCUUCCAAUUUUCUGAAGGGCGUAUGAGCUUGAGAGAAGCCUGGGAUCAAAUCGUUCAGAACUUUGGCAUCUGUCUUAUGAUUGUCCUGGCCUUCUGUCUGAUCCCUGCCACCUUUGCUACCUUCCUGGUCAUGGAGUAUAACAACGGAUGUAAGAGGCUUCACUAUGUCAGUGGUGUGACUCCCACUGGAUACUGGUUGGCCAAUCUGGUCUGGGACAUGUUCAUGUACCUGAUCCCCGUUUGCAUAAGUCUCAUCAUCAUCAGUGCGUUCGGUAUGCGUGCCUUUGGCUCUAGCAGCAACAUUUCAGCAUUCUGCUUGCUGCUGUUUCUCUAUGGACUUGCUACCGCCUGCCAGAUGUACGUGCUGGUGCCAUUCUUCAAAUCAACAGGCACGGCCUUCAUCGUCUACUUCUGUCUGGCAUUCGGAAUCGCCAUCCUCACUAUUAUCCCCAAGUUCCUCCAAGAAGCUCCUCUGGGUUUUAACAACAGUGAGCAUGAUGCCUUCUACUACAUCGACAAGGUCUUUUUGAUUUUCUCGCCGUACUGUCUAGCCGCCGGUCUCAUUGAUCUUCUCUACAACCAGUCUCAGGCGGACAUCUACUCCACCUUUGGUCUAGACACCUAUGCUGAUCCCUUCAGCUUUGAGCUGCUGGGUUGGAAAUUUGUCGCUUUGGCCAUAGAGAGCGCUGUUGCGUUCAUCUUCCUCCUGGUUGUUGAGCGCACCUGUCGUUGGCAAUGCAAGGAUUGCAAGACUGAGACCCCUGAUCACCAUGGCGUCGAAGAUGGGGAUGUCAACGUGGAGAGGAGACGGGUGUUGUCUGGAGACACCAAGACAGACUUGGUGUGCGUCAAGAACCUGACCAAGGUGUACCAAUCUUUUGGCAACUCUUCUUUGGUAGCCGUGGAUGAUCUCUGUGUUGGCAUUCCCGGGGGACAGUGUUUUGGACUGUUGGGUGUGAAUGGAGCUGGCAAGACCACAACAUUCAGGAUGAUCACAAAUGAUCUGAUGCCCACAUGUGGCAGCGUCACAGUCAGAUCCAAUAGUGUUGGUUACUGCCCACAAGGGGACGCCUUGUACAAUUGCCUGACCGGCACCGAGCUGCUUACUUGCUAUGCUAGGAUAAAAGGACUGAGCGGAAAACGGUGUAAAGUGGCUGUGAAGAGUGUCGUUCAGCAGAUGGGUAUGCGGCAGUAUGUGGACAAUCGCAUCGGCACAUACAGCGGUGGGAUGAAACGAUCGCUGUCUACGGCCAUCGCUCUUCUUGGCAACCCACAAGUUGUCCUCAUGGAUGAGCCAACCUCUGGCAUGGAUCCAAUCACCAAGCAAGCCGUGUGGUCGAACGUCCUUGCUAUGAUCAAAAACGGCCACUCAGUGAUUCUUACCUCUCACAGCAUGGAAGAAUGUGAGCUUCUCUGUACACGUCUAGCCAUCAUGGUUAACGGGAGGUUCCAAUGUCUGGGCAGCCCUCAGCAAGUCAAGCAUCGCCAUGGCGAUGGAUACACCCUCAUCCUCCGCAUCAGUGAUGAGACGCUUGAUUGGAGCAGCGUUAUGGACUUUGUUGCCAGCACAUUUCCUGAUGCCAUCCUGAAGGAGAGACAUCACAACAUGGUGCGAUACCAGCUGCCCCUUGAAACCAAGAGACUGGCGGACAUCUUUGGUGCUGUGGAAGAUAACAAAGCCCGCCUUGGUAUCCAGGAAUAUUCUGUCACCCAAACAACACUGGAUCAGGUCUUUGUCAACUUUGCCAAGCGACAAACAGACGGCCACAGAAGCAGCCAAGAAUCCCAUCAGGAAUACACCAACCAGGCCUUCAUUUUGGCAGACGAAGCAUGAGCAUAGAUCUGGAAUCAGCAAACAAUACCAAAGUGAAUUAACAAGGAUAUCUACUUAGUUUUCCAAUGAACCUUGUACAAAUUUUGUGUGUUCAUUGUUCUGUUCCGUGUGACUAUUGGUACCAAUUUGUUGCAGUUUAUUAAUAUUCUCUUCAUACUCAGAAGUAAAACUCAGUUUUUUAAUAAUAAAUCUAACAUUCAUUUACGUAAUACUUGUUUGUUAAUUCGUCAAAGAUGUAGAGGACAUUGCUCGUAAAUAUUUCAGUCUGAAAAGAACAAAUAAACAUAUGACGCACUUCAGAAAAAGGGGAAGUAAGUUGCACUAUGCCUUUCCACAGAAUGGCCCGCUCAAAGUUCUGAGGGCCAAAUUCCUCACAGAUAUUCAGGGUUUUUUUGAGAUUUAAUAUCUCUGAUCAUUAAAGCGUCAGGUUUUAUGAACAGAAAUGUUCAAAGGGAACAUGCUGGUUGAUAGGAAGAGCUAUUAGGGUGUGUCUUCCAAGCCUAAUCUGUGUUAGACUUAGCUUUUUCAAAGCCCAUUUUCUUAGUUAUACUUUGUUAAACUCUGUAAAAUUUAUAUAUAUGAAAAAAAAAAAAUUUUCCCCUGGAACUGAGGGAGGGGUUGAAUUCUGCCAUAUACCAAAUUAUAUUUUUACAUUGUGGGCUUUCCAGCUAGUGACAAAUUGUCUUCGUUUUUACAGCAUAAUAUACCUUUUUUGCAGAACAGGUCACAUUUAGUAGUUUUUAUAUUUUCCCUAUGGUAGUAAAUACAAGGUAUAUUUUUAUGCACCAAUAAAUGCAACAAGCACCGUCGUUUCCCGUAGUAUGUAUAUUUGAGCUUGUUCUCAUAUUUUCUAUAAAAGAAUGCGAGGAAUUUUAUAUGCACUAAUUAAUGCAACAAACAACAUUGCUACUAAUAGCCUGUAUAUUGAAGUGUGUUUUUAACCAAAUUUGUGUAUUAUGACAAUCUAAAUUUUAAGUACUUAUAGUGUAAAAUUUGUUUUUAUGUUGCCGUAGCAAAAGUACUUGAUUGAAAGCUUUUUUUUAGUAUCAAAGAUAAGUCACAGUAAUAGAUAACAGCAAUUGUGACGUGAAAUGAAAAUAGUCUGUACAAGUUUACGGAAUAAGAUUUAUAUUUUUCUUCUGGCUCAACCCUAAAACUGGAGGUAUUUUUUAGUGAGUCCGGUAUUUCAAAAAGCAAGAUCAUUCAAGAACAAAGCACGCACACGUCUGCUUAGAGCCAGAUCUUGGGCAGACCUCCACAUCCAGAUGACCUCGGACACACUUCAUUUUCAGCAUGCACUGUUGAAAUACCAAACUGGCUCAUAGCACAGUCUUUUUCAGUCAGUGAAUCAAUCUGACGUAGGCAGAGUAUUGAAAACAAGUUGUAGGCUUGUAGCAGAUUUACAAUUUUGGUAAAAAGAACGCACCUCAAUUUUUUUUCACUUAAACUGACUGCAUACUGUUGAUAACGCAGCUCGACAGAUGUACAGUAUAUAAUGUCAAGUCUAUUUUUUCUGAGAAGAAAGUUUGUAAAAGUCUUCUUGUACUUUGAUUUUACAAGAGACACAUGUUGAAUUCUAUCAUUGCAGCUAGCAUUUUAAAUCUUGAAGUUUCUAGAAAGUGUUACUAGUUUAAUAGGUAUAUUUUAGAGCGUAUUGAAUUUGUACCUUUAACAAUUUAAAACGGUUUCAUGACAGCUUUUUUUUUUAUGCUUAAACUAAUCUUAUAUCUGGCUUUGAAUUUGUAGGAUUAGAAUCUCAGUAUUAUAUAUCUAUUCAAGUUUACUUGCUUGCAUUUGAUACUAUUCAAUUUUUUAUGGUAGUUUAGAUCGUUUUUAAUGAAAAAUUUGAAGUUCACAUAUUUCAAGCGUUGGUUUGUACAUCUUUGCAAAUCUAUUCAUGGGAUUUUUAACUCAUGUAUCACUACAAGUUCUUUUUUACCUCAUUAAAAACAAAAUGAGCUUUGUAACUUUUUUAACAUUUUCAUUUCUGAUAUUUGAUUGCUCUGCUGUCAUCAAUAAAUUCAGGUCUUGUAAUCUGACAUACGUGUAA